CCGGCUUCCGGGCCGCGGGGAGAAGAAGUAGGGGGCCGGCCCGGCGGCUCCGCCCCGGCAGGCACAGCCCCUUCCGCGGUGUUCGUGGGGGGGGGACGCUCCGGCGGUUUCUCCGCCGUUCAUCCCUCCUUCUCUUCGCGGGCAGGUGGAGACCUUUCAUCUACCAUGGCAUCAAGGCUUGUUCCAAAUGUGACUUCCAAACAGGGAGAACCCCAGUGCAAGGAGAAACACGUGGUUCUGCUUAGCCCCGUGGGAAAACUCAAGAUAUCUGGGUGUGAAACAGGCGUACAUGAAAUAAAACUCCCCCAGAUGAGCGUGCUGCCAAGUGGCUGGACGGAGCCCUCGGCCGCUUGCGAGGUGCGCGAAGGCGCGGAGGAGCUGACGGAGCCGCUGGAGCAGUGCACGGCCUGGCUGCGCGCCUACUUCUGCGAGCCGGCGAGGACGGCGAGCCUCCCCGUGCCGGCCUUCCACCACCCGCUGCUGCGGCGAGAUUCGUUCACCGGACAAGUGCUGUGGACCCUGUUGAGACACGUGAAGUUUGGAGAGGCCGUUUCCUACAAGCAAUUAGCAGACCUCGCCGGCAACAGCAGAGCGGCGAGAGCGGUGGGAGGAGCGAUGAGGAGCAACCCUAUCCCGAUCCUCAUCCCGUGCCACAGGGUGAUUCGCAGCAACGGGCAGACGGGCAACUACGGAGGAGGAAACCUUAUGAAAGAGUGGCUUUUGUCACACGAGAAGCUCCAGAAAGAGAAGUUAGCAUAUUGAUGCAGCUCAGCCACGGCUGCUAACCAGCCAAGACAUACAACCGCGGAUACUUGGCUUAUAACAAGCUCUCAGAGCGCCCAGCAGAAUUCAGAAAAAUGGUAAAUAUUUGAGUGACAUAUAAAUAUAAUGCAACAUCCAAAGUGAAAUGUGUGGUGGCACCACUAUAUUAAAAAAGCGGGAUGUGUCCUGAGGGAUGCAGCUCGUCUGCCCUUUCUUGUUUUUACAUUUUACAGCAGAAUGACUACAGCGGUCCAGGCCUCUUGUGCGUGGAGUUUUGUUCCCAGCUCCAACCCUGUUUUGUUCUAUUUUUAAUGUCCAUUAAAGCACGGAGAAGGGAGUGGGAGGGACGUGGCGAAUGGGGGGUGCAAGCCUCCCCCCCAGGGAAGCGGCUGGCUCGCCGAGGGGCAGCCAGCGAGCCCAAACCCUGCCCGCUCCGGCCCCGGAGCCCCCCCUUCCAUUUUGGUGCCAGAAACGGUGGUUUAUGUAAACGGGAGUUCACGGAACACGUCAAGGUGCUUUCAGCAGCAAGCAGCUAUUGGCUCGCUCGUUCCCAGCUUUUCUUUUCGGAUGGCGAGAGAUGGGAAUAAAAAAUUUUUGCCUUUGCAAACGCUGGAGAAAGCAGUUGAAGAGAAGCUGCGGAUAAAUUGUAUGAAGAGUGUAUUUUAAAUCAGCGGUUUGCUUAACGCAACUUGGGCAAAAUACUGAGAAGCUCAUCGGAGCUGCAUCUUUCUGAGCAGCACAUUUCCUUUUAUCGUUUGAUAUUUUUUUUUUUUUUUUGCACUUUAGCUUUUUGCAUUUCUCUGUUAUGCGAAGCUUUAUUUCCCGUAGCCUCUCUGUAGAAAGGCGUCAGGUAUUCAGAGAUAUUAAAGCUACCUUUUGAGGGGGUUUAAGCAGGGUUCUCUGCCAGUACGAGCCACCAGAAGCUGAAAUUUUCAGUAUGGGAAUCGUAAAUCGUAACAUGGAAAUACUGAUUUUUUUUAUGUGUUUUAUCAUAUUUUCAUAGAUGUCUCUUUAGAAGGGCCAUUGCUAACCAAGAAAUUAUUAUGUUACAAUGCGUUAGUUAAUAUAGUAUUAUUGAUAUCUCAGAAUUACUUCAAUAAAAAAACUGCUUUGCAUGUA